AUGUCUAAAGAUCUGGUAGGAAUUUCCAAGGAUCGCUCGUACCAAUGUUUAGCCACUAUGUCAUCACAAGAAGUCGAUGCCGAUGAUAAUGCUGACGACUUCAAGAUAGAAUUAUUGACAAUGAUUGCUAGUAGAAAUGGCGAAAUUCGGUUUCAUUUGAUUGAUUUCACUGACACGAAGCUGGAAGAGCUCCAAUUUCUAUCGGAGUCUGUUCAGUCCAAUCUGAAUUGCUUUCCCAGUAACAAAUCCUCCAAGGUCCAAGUCACAGUAGUUGAUGUGUCUACUAGUAAGAAGGAUAUUAAGAGCUGUGGGGAUUUUAAAUUUGUAUCAAGAGAUGAUGUUCUGUCUUGCCAACCUGGAGUGGGGGAACGUGUUACCUCACUUCCAGAUGAUCGAGGCAAAGCUAUAGCGAUGAUGAAUAAAGCACUUGAGAACUUCCUCGGAAAAGCUCAUGGUGAUCGAGUUCUUGCUGGAGUUAUUGGCCUUGGGGGCAGUGGAGGGACAUCAUUAAUGUCUUCUGCCUUUAGGUCACUCCCACUUGGAAUCCCAAAGAUAAUUGUGUCGACUGUGGCUAGUGGUCAUACUGAACCAUAUGUUGGAACAUCUGAUUUGGUGUUAUUUCCAUCUGUAGUCGAUAUUUGUGGCAUUAACAGUGUGAGUAGAGUGGUUUUGUGUAAUGCUGCCACUGCUUUUGCGGGAAUGGUUAUUGGAAGACUAAAAGGUUCCCAAGGGUCAGCCACUAAUGAUGACAAGUUUACAGUCGGUAUAACCAUGUUUGGGGUUACUACUCCAUGUGUAAAUGCUAUCAAAGAAAGAUUGAUUCAAGAAGGAUAUGAGCCCUUGGUUUUCCACGCAACGGGAGUAGGAGGAAGGGCAAUGGAGGACCUUGUUAAACGAGGAUUUAUAAAGGGUGUUUUAGACAUCACAACAACCGAGGUUGCUGAUUACAUUGUUGGAGGUGUUAUGGCAUGUGACACGUCCCGCUUUGAUGCCAUACUAGAUGAGAAGAUACCCUUAGUUAUAAGUGUGGGAGCAUUGGAUAUGGUGAAUUUUGGACCCAAAUUCACCAUACCUUCUAAUUUUCAGCAGAGAAAGAUUUAUGAACACAAUGAGCAGGUUUCGCUGAUGCGAACUACAGUGGAUGAAAAUAAGAAAUUUGCUGCAUUUAUAGCAGACAAGUUGAACAAGUCAUCAUCGAAGUUUUGUGUUUGCCUUCCAAAGAAAGGUGUCUCUGCCUUGGAUGCACCCGGAAAGCCAUUCUAUGAUCCUGAUGCUACUGGUGUUCUCAUAGAGGAAGUAAAUAGGCUAAUUGAAAGAAAUGAAGAUCGUCAGGUUAAAGUUUUUCCACAUCAUAUUAAUGACCUGGAGUUUGCAAACGCACUAGUUGACUCAUUUUUGGAGAUCUGUUCAAAUAAUAAAGGUGCAUGCAGUAAUCAAACCAGCUAUGAAUCCAUCCAAGACAUUCAAAAGGAUACUUAUGUUUCUGAGACAAGUACCCAAAGGAAUUCAACAGUUUCAUACUGCCUGAGCAACUUCCCCAAUGCAAAACAAGAAAUGCUACAAAGAACACAGCAGAUACUGCAGCAAUUGAAAGAUCAAAUAAAGAAGGGAAAACCCAUUAUUGGGGCUGGUGCAGGGACCGGCAUAUCAGCUAAGUUUGAGGAGGUUGGUGGUGUGGAUCUAAUUGUCUUAUACAACUCAGGCCGCUUUCGCAUGGCAGGAAGGGGGUCCUUAGCGGGUUUAUUGCCAUUUGCUGAUGCAAAUGCAGUAGUACUUGAUAUGGCGAAUGAAGUGUUGCCUGUGGUGAAAGGGGUUCCAGUUCUUGCUGGAGUCUGUGGAACUGAUCCGUUUCGAAGGAUGGAUUACUUCCUGAAGCAAUUGGAGUCCAUUGGGUUCUCAGGGGUGCAGAACUUUCCAACCGUUGGGUUAUUUGAUGGUAAUUUUAGACAAAAUCUGGAAGAGACUGGAAUGGGAUACAGCUUGGAGGUUGAGAUGAUCGCAAAAGCUCAUGAAAUGGGCUUCUUGACUACCCCAUAUGCUUUCAACCAAGAUGAAGCAGUUUCAAUGGCAGAAGCAGGUGCUGAUAUCAUUGUGGCACAUAUGGGGCUAACUACAUCUGGUUCUAUUGGUGCAAAAACAUCUGUCUCUAUUGAGGAAAGUGUAGGUUGUGUACAAUCUAUUGCAGAUGCUGCUCAUCGGAUUAAUCCUGAUGCUAUUGUGCUCUGCCAUGGAGGUCCUAUAUCCGGCCCCGGGGAAGCAGAAUAUGUAUUGAAGAGAACUAAAGGAGUUCAUGGAUUCUAUGGUGCAUCAAGUUUAGAGAGGCUGCCAGUUGAACAAGCAAUAACAGCUACAGUUCAGCAGUACAAAUCUAUUUCUAUGACUUAA